ACUGUUCUGAGUUGAGUUGGCACGUAGUCGUGGUAAACUGCGGACCUUGGUCAGACGAAGGGUCAUCCUCAUCAUCAGUAACGACAUCUGCACUUCCUGCUGGAAAUAAUCAAUGACUUGUAUGAUAUGGUGGAUGUCUGAGAGCAGGUUUUGACUCACUGUCAAUAGCAGGAAGCCUGUUGGAGACGCUGGAGGCUAAAACCACAGAUGUAAGAAUGACGAGGAAUACUGAAUUCUUGGAGAAGCGACAGAUGAGCUUAUAAGGGCUGCAGAUGAAUGAGCUGGUGAGAUGGAGGAAGCGUACAAUGAACUGUACCAGGAGUUUCUUGGUCUGAGGUCACUUUGCCUGAGACAGGCAGCUCUGCUACAUCAACUCACGUCCGCUCUGCAGAAGCAACAAGGUGCCAGACUCCCCAUUCAUUGUACCCAGCAAAUGGCUGCAUCUCUUCACGAAAGGCCUCACGCGCUGACGGCCACGCCACGCACCCGGGCUGCACAGUUUGGGACUUUUUCAGAUCUCCUUGCUGAAGACAUGUCUAAGCUCUGUGUGGGUGUGCCUCGCCACGGAAAGGAAGACGGGACGCUGGAGGAAAUGGUAGCACCCCUUUUGAGCUGGGACUUCACGAGGUGGCCGGGAGCCUCUUCCAGUGUCACAAAUCAUCCAGGGCGAGCUGUUGAUCAUAAAAAACACAGGACAAAGCACACAGUUGGGAUGCCUGCGAGAGACAGUCCCUCCCUGCCCAGAGACCUGCUGGAUCCAUCCGAUGGGCUCAUGAUGUCAGAGGUGGUGCUUCAGUCCAACGUUUGUGAGUUCUGCCAGGCGGUUUUCCCCGGAGACACAACCACCAGGGGAGAGUUCCUACGCCAUCUUUGCACCCACGUUACCUAAACUAAGCACGUUAUUAUUCUCCUCUUGACAUUGGACUUGACUUGACAUUGGAUAUGUCUUCACAUGAUAUGCCUCAUGCAGCUCACAUCUUUUUCCUUGAGCUAACUGUCACAAGCUACUUCAUUUAAAAUGUGGUACGAUGUGGUUUGAAAAGAUAACUACAAAGAAAAAUAUCUAGUAAUGUAUUUGAAUGCAGAUAUGAAGAGACUACGUAAUAUUAUUAAGAGUCUUCCUGGAGAUUUUUAAAUGUUUGUUAUCGGGCAUUUAACUUAUCAGCUGUCUGCUGCUCAGCUCUGUGUUGCUGAGGAAAACCUGGGCUAAGAAUAGACUCAAAGAUCUAUCUCGCAAUUAGUGGUGCUGACAGCAGAUUGGCGAUGAUUGCACCCUUCAUCUGCUGCCACAUUGACUGUUGCUCUAUCAGUAAAGAAUACCAACAUAGAUCAUAUGCUUUUGUGCAAUCAAAAAGAAAAGGGGAACUUUUCGCUUUUAGCAUCUUUUAAAUUGGUCUUGUGAUGGCAGAUGGGGAAUUUAAGCUGAUGAGGAUAUCAUAGCUUUCAUAGUAAUCGGUCCAUAUAUCGAAGCUAAGAGAAAUUUUAACUAAGAAAUGCAAAUGUUUUCUUUAUGGUGACGCAAGCUGAGAAGUCAGUGUAUCAUUGGACUCAUGAAUAAUCGUUAUAAUUUAAAGUAAAUCCUGAAAAUAGAUGUUGAGUUAUCUCAGUCUGGACCAAAACGGUGUAUGGACAGACCAUCGAAUAGACACUGAUUUUCAGAGAGAAAAAGCUAAUCUUAAUGAUUGUAUUCCUCGUUCAAACCCAUCAUAAUCCAACAUCUGUGAUUUUGUGUUCCACAUAAAGUAAAAAAGUGAACAUUUGUUUCAACACACAACAGCUUGAGUUUGUUUGAU